UUUAGAUUAGAAGCUUCGUAGUAAGGGAGCAGAGAGGAGGUCUUUGUACAGCCUUCUUUGUUUAUGAAAUCCUGUGGAACUAUGACCUCAGUGUUUGGAGCUGGUUCCUACUAACAGAAGGAAGAGCAUCAUGUGUGUCGACUGGGAUAUGAUCAUCUUCCAGCCGUAGGUGGUGUGCCUGCCCACCCCUGGCUAGCACCUCCUGCCUACUGCAACACUUGGCAAAGCUCUGGGAUUUAUCUGUACACUGCCUCUAUGCAAAACCAGUCAUUGAUGUCCAGCUCACAUUGGAUAUUUUAAUAAGAGACUCUUUGAUGCAUACUUGGAUGUGUUGACAUAUUGUGUACAAAAGCAGAAGCAGAUCCUAUUAUAUUUUGGUAUUUUCAUUGUUUGAGGAGAUCCAUCAUUGUAUAGAUAAAAAGGUAUAAGUUUUCAGAGAAAUAUAUUAAAGUCAUCAUUGGCUUUAACUAAGGUUGUACCCUUUGUCUGAGGGUCAAAGGGACUUAGUUAUUGUGAUAAAAUACAGGCUUACAGAUCCCAGUAACAUCUGUUAUAUUCCACAACCUCCACCAACCAAUUAGGUUUGCGCUCUUUGACAAUAAUGAUGAUGAUGAAAUAGCACCAUCUAGAAGGAACCAAAAAUUUUCAAUAAGGAAACAAGUUGAAUGUGGAGUAUAGAGCCAGCAGCCUAGAUUGUCUCAGAGUUUGGCAACUGCUACGCAUUAAUUCAACUGUGAUAAUUGUUGGAGAUAUCCCUCCCUACUAAUGUGCAAAGUGGACAGGGGAUGAAUUUGUUGUACCUGUGAACAUAAGCCAUUACAGUAUCAUUUUCAUUUAUUUGUUUUCAUUUUCAGUCAUAAUUAUUUCAUAUAUUUAUUUUGAUUAUUUAUAAGGAUGAUGAUGAUGAUAAUGACCUAAGGUUUCUUUGUUAAAGAGUUUCCUUGAAAAGGUUUUAUUUAGGGGGGAAGGUGACCUUUUCCUUUUCAAGUGUGACUGACUGACUGUUAAUUGUAAGUUUCCCCCAGUGGAAAUAACCCAACUCUUGUGAUACACAGACCGAACGAGGUGUUUAGUAGCUUCACUAGAGGCUUGGAAGUCUCCUUUUUUAGUGGUUAGUUAAGACUUUUUGCUAAAUAAUUAGACCUGUCUCUCAUUUUGAGAAGACAAUAAAAGCUUGUUUAGCAAUAUUCUAUAUAACUGAGACGCAGGACUGCAAAGUAGGUUAUAGGUAGGUGAUAGUAGUCUGGUCAUACUGUUUAUACAAGACAAAGAAACUAUUUUGACUUCCUAUUGGUAAACCAUGUAUGUGAAAAAAUCCUGUCUCAACAUAUAUGGCUCAUUGGACAUUUAUUAGAUCUAAAUUUUUAUUCAGAAGCUCUUGUGUGUAUUAGUGUGUUUAUACUGUGAAACAGAGUCCCAAGUCUAGCAUUACAAUUUUCAAACAUAAUUCCAUCUAAAAGAGAUGAUAUAAGGUUAAAGAAAAGAUUGAUAACUGUUUUUAAGCAUCUUUUGAUUAGAUGUUUUAUGUUAGUUUGCUUUUUGGAUAUGUAAGCUAUAAGAAGACUUCAGUUUAAGUCUAGGUUACUGAUUGAUGUUGGAAAAGAUUGCGUUAUUUGUCUGGAAUGGUUCUCGUAGGCCAUUAUCAUAUGGGUGUGGUGCUGGGGCGCGGGAGGUUUGGUUGGGUGUCACGAGCCACCCACCACAUCAUCGGACGGCCGGUCGCAGUGAAGCACCAGCCAUGGGCAGUUGAUGGCAUCAGUUGUGGUGGUGAGGCUGGGGAACACAAAGACUGCCAGCAUGUGGAAGUGACAAAGUGCCGAGCUGCAUUGGAGAAUGAAGCAGCUCUCCUGGCUCGAAUCUCGCACCCAUCCAUUGUGGCGCUGAUGGAGGUCGUACGUGGUCCUUCUGGUGUGUACGUGUGCUUAGAAGAUCUUGGAGACACAAACCUUGCCACAUUGGUAUUACAGCGCUUUGAGAGCAAAAACACUGGACUUAGUGAAUCCUUUGCAUCGACAGUAUUUCGGCAAGUGGCAGCUGGCUUACACCACUUGCACAGUCAAGGCAUAUUACAUCGUGAUGUAAAGCCAGAGAACAUAAUGGUGAUUCCUGGCACAAAAUAUGUCGCCCCAGUUGCAAAACUCAUUGACUUGGGCUUGGCCAUGGCAUGGGAACCUUCAUCUCCCCUCAAUACAGCACGUACAUGUGCUGGGACUGUCAAUUAUUUAGCCCCAGAACUUACCUUGUCAGCACACAAUUAUGGCCCUGAGAUAGAUGUGUUCAGCCUGGGAGCCUCUCUCUACUUUACCCUUAUUGGAGAGACUCCCUUUAUUGAAUACAAGCGCAAUGGAAGACGGGGCACCACUGCAGUCUAUGGCCUCCAGCUGCAUCAUGAGGAUGCAAUAGACACUUUGUCACGGCAGGCAGGUGUUGUGCUGCAUGCCAUGAUGGACACCAACCCCAAGACAAGGUGGAAUCUGCCAAAUCUCCUAGACUAUAUCUGGUUCAAUAUUCCAUAUACUGACCUUCAAAAGCGUAAAGAAGGGUACCUUUUCAAGAACAAGAACUCCAAUGAAAGGAAAAACAACAGCAAGGCAAGUGAAUUCAAGAACUCAAGCACAGACUCAGAGGAAGACCUAGGUUAUGCUUCAAGGUUUAGGGGUUCCCGGAUGAGGUCCAACUUUGCACAUGGUUAUGGGCCAAACAACAGUGGGAUUAGCAGUGAGUUAAGUGAGAGUUACAACAGCUGUGAUGAUGUUAGUACUUACAACAACAGGAAGCAGAGCUACUGGGUUGACAAACAGUGUGUUGAACUGGUUUCAUCACUCUUGAAAAAAGAUGCUGAAGAUGUGUUGCAUAAACUGUGGGAGGAACCUUGGGGUCCUGUUGGUGGUAUGUACAAUUUGCUGCUUCAUGCUGGGGAGCCUCCUUGCCUUGAACAUAAUUAGCUUAGCAAUGCUGAUGUUGUCUUAACUAGUUAAGACUUGGGAUACCAGAAACAACCAUGAGGCAUUCAUUGGACAAAGAUUUUGAGGAAAGAGAAAUACAAUAAAAGAGGAAAACGAAUGGAAGACUAGUGCUUCAAGUAGUAAUGAUAAAAGUUUGUAGAUCUGUCUUUAAUCUGUGCACAUUAACCAUUUGUUAUGCAUUUUUGUGGGUUGGAAGAGCUGUGAUGUAGACCCCACAAUGUACGACCUGAAAGGCUUAAGUAGGGUGGUGUGAAGAAAAACCAGCUAAGGUUAAGGUCUCUAAAUAUGUUCUACUAUUGGGAUGUUUUGGGUUAAUUUGUGGGUUGAACUUUCAUAAUGAGAAAUAUAUAUAUAUGCUAGACUAUUAAAAUGUUGAAAACACACACACACACACACACACACACACACACACACACACACACACACACACACACACACACACACACACACACACUCUCUCUCUCUCUCUCUCUCUCUCUCUCUCUCUCUCUCUCUCUCUCUCUCUCUCUCUCUCUCUCUCUCUCUCUCUCUCUCUCGCUAUCACUUCAUAUCUCUCCUUCCCUCCUUCCCUUUUUUUUCCCCCCUUUCUCAUACUCAUUGUCUCCUUCUAUCUUUCUAACCUUUUUUAUAAGGAUUAGGAUUUCUUCAUGAAAAAAGAGAAAAUAUAUCUGUGAUGACCCCUUCAAACACCUUUCACUUCAUCCGUACUUGCUUUAGACAGGACACAUUGCAGUUUUAGAGUCAGUAAUGCAGUUGACAUGGACAUGAAUUAGAGUGGGGCUGUGCUGUUAUAUUGAGUUGUAUGAUAUUUAGUGUGAUAGUAGGAUUGGAUUAUUAUUAUUACUUUUUUUUUCUCUCUAUCAGUGCAUUAGUGGAUGACCAAAUGCGAAUGGAAGAAUGUUCUUUUAGACUAAGAAUUUACCUAAAUCAAAAAAAAAAAAAAAAAACAGAAAAAAAACAGCAACAACAACUAAACUUUGUAGUUUGUAGGUGUAUGUGUAUCUACAGGUGAUUUUGUACAUACAUAUUCAUAAGUGGGGAGAGUACAAUUAAAAGUUCAAUAAGUUGGCUAUUGAUCAUAUCAGCAAACAACUCCUGGUUCUUGUGGUAGCUAGUGCCAUAAGUAAAUCCUUGUUGAGUUGCCUGUUACUACAGUCCUGCGUAUCUUGCCCUUUGUUUUCGUGCCUAGGUGCGCAGGCUCAGCGACAAAGAAGGCUGGAGUAAGAAUGGCCCAUAUUAUUGUCAUUUUGUAAUGACACAAGUUGGUUUGGUAGAAAUCAACACAAUGAAGAUAAUCAGGAUUGCCUUUUUAGUAGAUUCAAAUAAAUUUAUCAAUAUAUAUAUAUAUAUACUGUAGAUAUAGAUUACAUUUCCUGCAAGCAAGUUUUACAGCAUAGGUUUUCGUGAUUUUCCUGCCAGUUAUGACACUAAAUAUUAUCAGUGUAGAUUUGAAGCUGAAGUCUAUUGUAAGGCUCGGUAGAUAAAAGUUUAUUCAAAUAGCUUCUGUAUAAAAAAUACAGAAAGCCUUGAAUGCCACUUCACAAUUGGUAACAAGGUUGCAAAAGCAAGUACACAGGAAAGCAAUAGGUUUUAUUUGUUUGAAACUGUUGUGAUGAAGAAUGUAACAAAUUGUCAUUGUUGUAUGAGAGCAGUCUUUUUUUCCUUUUUUUUUUUAAGAAGAAAAAUAAAUUAUACGAUUAUUGGGUCUCCACACUACAUUCAUUGUAAAGACCAUAAUGAUAUCUUAUAGGAGAGUUCUGAACUUUUAUCAUUCACACAACAAAUAGUUGUUCAUAAAUUGGUCAUAUAUCACCUGUGUUUCUAAAAGAGCUGAGCAGAAUAACAUAGACCAAAAAAAAAAAAAAAGAACUCCCAAGUAACCAUGAUUACAAUUAAGUCUGAUUUAUAUUCUCUCAUUCACUUACACAUACACAUCAUGCAUAUGCACAUUUGACCAGUCUGAGUAUCUACAUAUUUGGCCAUUUUUCUCUUCUGUUUCUGUUUUCUUUUGAUUUUAAUGGAUGUUGUGUUGAAUGUAGCCUUAAAAAUGUAUUGGAUGUCAUAGGUCUUAUCCAUGUGUACAGAAAACUUUGUUUUAUUCUGGUUUACUUGAGCAGUAAUUUAGGAUCCAAUGCAGAAAGAAGAGAAAAAUUGGCAUGCAAACAAAGUUCUAAAGUGUCAUGUUACAUUUAUUUGUUAAUUAUAACAAGAUUAAAGACCAGUUAUAAGUAACCUAAUCAAUAAACAAUGGUUCAAAUCAUGUUUUUCCAUUAUUUUAAUUUUCGCAUUUCCAUGUAGGCAAGAUGACUUUGCCUAGCAUUCAUUCCUGUAUAUUUGGAAGUAUUCCAUUCUAGUUUGUUUUGAAUGGGUUGAGUCUUAGUAGCAAUAAAUUUCAUUAUGUACAAGGAAAUGUAAUUUAUUGUUCAUGUAUUCUUUUCUCACUGUGACUAUUGAUCAAGUUUUAAUUGUUGGUUGUAAGAUUAACUUUUAUACAUUUAUUUUUCAUUAUAUUUUGUACCAUGAGGAAUGCUAGCAUUUCGUGUCCCUCCACUUUUUACUGCCAUUCUUUACAUUGGUUCAUAAAUGAUCAGUAAGUGCUUUUAUUGUUCAAUAAAGAUUAUUUGAA